GACAGUGGAAUCAAGGUCUUGGAGACUUUAUUGUUCCAUCUUUUGCAUGUCUCAACGAGAAAGGAUUUUAUGAUGCUUCGGACGGGAUGCGAUAUAAUUCGAGAGCCUUUUGUCUUUAACACGAGCUUUAUGUCAUUUGAAUCGAUCUAAUUUUUUGUGUACUAUAAAAUUUUCUAUAUAAAUUACGAUUUUAUAAUAAUUUUCAGUGAUGAAAAUUAUGGCGAUGCACAACUCCUCUCACGAGAGUUAAAGUUCAAACCUAAACACUAAUCCCCACUAAAUCAUUAACAAAUUUAAACAAGUUGAAAAUAAAAGAUGGAUAGGUGAUACACCCAUUUUCAAUCUAACCAGUAAUUGAUAUUCAAAAUGCUUAUGUUUUCUCUAAUAUUCAUUGACCGUUUGGUACCAAAUGAAUUAAAAAUUCAUUUCAUUUUAAAAUGCAUUACUUUGUAGAAUUAAUUGUCAAAUAAAUUCUUGUGUUUUUUAUGUCUUAUUUUAUUCUUUAGAAAUAAAAUAAAUUGUAUUAUCAAACCAUGUUUGGCAUAAAUUCAGAAUCAGAUUAAACUAAAAGUUUCCAACUAUACCCUGAUUAAUUACCCACAUAAAUAAUAUUCUUUGAAAAUCCAUCUUCUAAAACACGCAGACAAAGUUAUUAUCCAGAAAUUUGGAAUUAGUAGGAGAGUUGAUUCCAUUGCCAAAGAGCAGGUUGCCGCUUAGCCCACCUAAUGGAAUUUGGAGUCGCCCAGUAUGCAGAGUUUAUAAGAAACUAUAUAUAUCAUGUUAACAUACCGGCAAAAAAGUAGGGCUAGGCGUGCAUAAUCAGUGUAUUGUCGCCUGUAGAAGUAAUUUAGUUAAUAAAUAAAGAUAAUUAUGUCAUUCCGGUGAAAUGCUUUUGGAAUUCAUUUGGAAAUUCCAUCUCAAUUCCGCGAAAUUACUAUAACUAGCUCCAAUUUCGUAGAAUUCAAAAUUUAGAAUCGAAAAUUAAUUAUUUUAAAUACCAAACACAAAAGUAUUUUAUUUCUCCUUAAAAAAAUUCAAUUCAAAAUGAAUUUCUAAAAACAUAUGGAAUUCAUUUAUACCAAACGGUAUAUUAAGGUCAAUGCAUAGUUCAUCCAAUGCGGAGUUGUCAAAAUAAGAAGUGAGACUGAGAUUUCAAUGCAUAACUUUCUUAAGACAAGAUGUGAUAGUAUCCAAGAGCUUACUAUCUUUAAAUCGAGAUUACUGAGCUUCAUACCAUUUGUAUUAGUGUAUUUUCUGUUUAUUGUAAAUUUGGAGUGUCUAAAAGAAAUCAUGGUCUCAUAAUAAUCAAUCAGAAAAAGUGAUGGAGAUGCACCAUCUUCUCUAACAUGAGUCAAAGAUUAAAACCGAUCAUCAAUCUCCACUAAAACAUUGAAAGAAAUAAAGGCACGAGAUUUUGUAAAACUCAAUUUUGUUAAUAUCUAAUAUCUUACUGUAUCUCCAAUAUUUAGUGCAACCUAUAUCUAUGCAAAAUUGUCAAAAUAAGGAAUGAGGCUACCGUUUUGGUGCAUAACCUUUUUUUUGCUUUAGCCACUCUAAUUUAAACAAAAAUCUCAAGCAUUGCAACUAAGGAUUUUUUCAACCUCACACAAAUUUCGACUAACUAGUUUUCCCGGUAAUUCUAACUAUAUUUAUUUCUUCAUAUCAGAUUAAUUGAAAAUUAUUAAUGAAAAAAAUUAACAAAUGCUAUAGCGUGUAUUUAUGUGAAUUUAUUAAAACAUCAAAGACAAUACCCAUUUUGUAAUACUAUCUUUACUAUUCCAUUUUUUUUAACUUCAAAUCAUUCGAGAAAAGAACUUUGUACCAACUAAACAUAUAUAGUUUUCGACUAAACAUUUUGCCUCAUUGUUGUCGGUUUAAAAGUUCAGGUUCCAGUUUCAAGUUAUGCAAUUGCAAAUAUUUAAUUUGUGCUUAGGGUUUAGUGUAUUUGGUGAUGGAGAUAAUAACGAUUUGAGGGGGGAAAAGAAACUAUUGAUAUUGGAAAUACAUAUUUCAAUGAUAGAGAGAAAGAGUCAAUAUAUGAUAAUAUUCACGAUUUGGAUAAGAUAAAAUAUACUUAGCAGAGAUUGUAUUUUAUAUGAGUUUAUGACUUUUCAAUAGUAAAAUAAUUUGCAUUCUUUUCAUAUACCAAAUCAAAUGUAAUUCCAUCAAAUAUCGCUAUUAUUGUUUAACAUUAAUUAGAAUUAUUCGGACAACGGGCUGGAUCCACCGACCCACAUCCGAUACAUUUUUUUUUUGUCAAAGUUAGCGGUAACAUAGAGUCAUAAAUAGAAGAAAGAAGAGCGCGGGAGUCGACUAAUCGCCGAGCUCCCGAUGAAAGGGCUUUUUGUGCCACAAGAUGGAAGGCCCUAUUAAGUCGACAAGAGACAAAACAAAACGAAACGAAGCUGAAUUGGGACGCCAACGCCCUUGCAUCUUCGAGUACCGUCCCACUCCGAUCGUGUGCCAAAUUACUCCUCACCAUCCGUUGAAUCAAUUGUUGUGAGUCUCCAUUGUAAAGCAUCUCUAAGAGCCUUAGCAUCAAGUGAUGAAUCACCAACAUGGAGAAUUCAAUAGUCCAAGAAGCCUCCCUGCAAACCAACAUAGAGAAAACGAAACUAGGACCAUAAAAUGCAAUAAACCAUUUAAAGGAUACAACGCUCCAUCCGUAGCCAUAGGGAACCUGCAAAAUAAGAAAAUAAAAAACAAGCCAGGGGAUCUUGUGGCAGCCACUUGGACAUCCUCACAGUCGAGAAGUCGAACUGAAGGAGAGCCCAGGCGAACGGCACAAUCAACGAGCAUGAUGUUGAAAGCCGUUAUCGGGCUGCACCCACGAAGCAUUAUAUGCAAUCUACUAACAGAGAGGAAAUCUAACCGAUCUAUUUUUUUCUCUCAUGAAUUUCAUUUUCAAACUUACGCAAUAAUUGUAGAAGUAAUAAACGAAAAGUGCCAAAAGAAUAAUUGAAAAACAAAUAAAUUAUGGAGGAUAAUUAUAAAGAAUACUAAAGAAAUAAUAAAAAUACCAAGAGAGGGAUACUUAUCGGAACCGUCGUUAGUGGUAGCGUAACCGUCACACUGCGUCAGGAUUGUAACCGCCGUCUGGAAAAACCGUCGCUCUGCCCCUCCCCGUUACGAACCCCACGACACAGCCCGAAUCCCAACCUGCAACCAUCACACCGGACUUCCGCAACUUCAUCUCCCGCCGCUCCUCCUCCGUCGGCCAGUGCUUCUCCCAGCGCCGCCCUUGAACGGAACUCAUCGACUGCUCCGCCGCAUUCGCUCUCCCUGACUCCCACACCGAAGUCGCCAUCCGGAUCCGCAAGACAUCCAAGUCGCCCUGACUCCUUGGACGGAACUUAUAAUUCCAUUAGCAUCAAUCAAAGGGAAAUUGAAAUCCAAUCAAUUCCAAUCUUCCGCAGCUGCUUCAGAGACAGAGUGCAUCCGAUACAUUUACGGAAAGGACAUUUUGUAGUCUAGUAGAAAUCCCCAUCCCACUCCCACGAACUUCCAUUUCCCAAUUAUCAUCUCCAAUUUGGGACGGAGGCCAUUUCUUUAUUCCUUCUCUGCAUGGGCUCACCUGGCAAUACAACAUUUUUUUAUACAUAAGUGUGAUAUAGGUUUUUUUGCCAUGAGGUACUAUUUGAGAUAGAGAAAUUUUACAAUGCUAUAUAGUAUUGGUGCUAUAAGUUUUUGCCUUUAUGGUACAACUUAAAAUUGUACAUUUACGUUAUGGUACAACUUUAGAUUGUACCUAUACUUUUUGUACAUAUUCUUUUAUGGUACUACUUGAACUUGUACCUUUAUGUGAUGGUACAACUUCAAGUUGUAAAGUUGUACCAUAACAUAAUGGUAUAAAUUGCUUUAUGGUACAACCUAAACUUAUACAUUUAAUGUUAUGGUACAACUUUGAGUUGUACAUUAAAGCACCAAUGUUAUAUAGCAUAGUAGAAGUGCUCUUUGAGAUAUUCAAACAUUGGACAUUCAGUUAAAGGCUAGUGAUUUUAUCACUAGAUUAACCUAUUGUUCGUCAAAAGUUUGGAUCAUUUAGAGAUAAUUAUUUUUUAAACAUUUGCUUUGUAUGUAUGUAAUCUGAUUUUUUGUUUUUGGGUUGAUCAGGAUUAUGAAGUGUCAAUAAUGUUGUUCACAAGCCAUUAUUUGGUAGACAUCGAGCAGGACAAGAUAGGUCGUCGUGUCUUAAAUCUUGGUUUAGUAAGCAGUGGCAAUCUUUGGAAGCAAAUGGAUGUACUGAUUUUCAACACAUGGCUUUGGUGGUACAGGAAAGGUCCUAAGCAAGGAUGGAAUUACAUUCGAGAUGGGAAGAUCAUAUCUAAGGACAUGAACAGAAUGACGGCCUUCACAAAAGCCUUGCGAACAUGGGCAAAAUGGGUUGAUUCAAGCGUAGAUACAACGAAAACAAGUGUAUUCUUUCAAGGAGUUUCUCCUGCUCACUACAAUGGGGCCGCUUGGGGGAGGCCAAGAGCGAGAGAUUGUUCUAACGAGACAAAACCAAUAGCAGGAGGAUUAACCCAGUCCGUGGUCCCAUUGGCGUUAAAAGUUCAACAAGACAUCAUAGGAAGCAUAAGGAAACCGGUUCACUUCCUGAAUAUAACUGCAAUGUCAUACAUGAGAAAAGAUGGACACCCAGCCUCACACAAUGGCCUUGGGGGCAUGGACUGCACGCACUGGUGCAUUGCUGGUGUCCCUGAUACUUGGAAUCAUAUCCUCUCAACGAUCCUCAUUUAUUCAGGAAAAAGAGGGAAAGAAAGCAAGAAACUACCACGGCAAACUCUUGCACAUAAAUAAUCAGGGUUGGAUCCAUCCAAUAAAAAACCAAACAGGGUCUUGGUUGGAUUGGGUGAUUAGAUUGUUGCUCUUUCCUUGAAACAACACUAGUUCAUGAUUAUUGGCGAUUCUUGCAUGUUCUUGAAGCAAACUGUUGAUUGUGAUUAGUCUGAUGUGCUUUACUAUAAAAAUCCCAUACACGUUAGCUUAUUUUCAAAGUCGUUCAUAUAAUUAUUAUAAGCUCAAGGUUAACAGUGGGAAUAAUUGAGAAGCAAUGUC